AUGCUUUUCUCUCGUCACUUCCCAGUGCUUGCUGCACUUGUUUUGUGCGUGUCUAGAGCUUACUCUGCCGAUACAGACGCUCCUCUUGAAAUCGGUCCCCUUCAACUUUACACUCCCGAUGUCAAAGAUUCUGCUGUUGUCACCCCUGCCUUGGUCAAGAGAGAUUUGAAAAGCACCAUAACCGCAGAUUUUACUCCCCUUCUUACCAUCUAUGGCCAACCAGUCAAAGGAGCCGGCGAGAGUAUUGAAGUUCUUCUUGAUGACAUUAUUGAUGCUGUCGCCGAUUGUGAUGGCCUGACCUCCAGUCUACUCAGCCUUGUGUCCAGCAUUGUUUCGCCUGUGACCGCUGUAGGUGACCAACAGAUUACCAAUGUUGCGGGUGCAAUUACUAGUCUUAUCACGUAUGUUGCCAAUGAUAACACAGCUGUAUUGUCUUCAACAAUUAGUACACUUAUCAGUGAACUCAGUGCCGCUAAUACUGCGGAUUUUGCUACCAUUGUUACACUUGUUGCCAGUUUGACUGCGGCCGUAGAGAACUUCGAAGUGACCUGUACAAUAACAGCCACUUCAACCUCCAGUUUGGAGUCAACCUCUAGUUUGGAAUCAACCUCUAGUUUGGAAUCAACCUCUAGUUUGGAAUCAACCUCUAGUUUGGAAUCAACCUCUAGUUUGGAAUCAACCUCUAGUUUGGAAUCAACCUCUAGUUUGGAAUCAACCUCUAGUUUGGAAUCAACCUCCACUUCCGUCACCUCAACCACCACCCCAUCCUCAACCACUGCUCCAACAGAUUUGCUUGACUUUAUCAAUCAGCUUGUUGAUUCUCUAACUGAACCUCUACCUUCUGCCCUCGCUGCAUUUGUUGAAGAAGUUCCUAGUCUUAUUGAUGUUCUCAUUGGUGCUCUUACAGAAUAUAGUAACUCGACCUCUGACCUAUUGAGCCUUGUCAAUAGUACGGUUGACUCUGCUACUGGCAGUGGUGAUUCCAUUCUUCAGAACGCCGGUUCUGAGCUCUCAUCUAUUUUCACUGCCGUUGCUAACGACGAUGAAGCCAGUUUGUCAAUACUUUUCCCUCAGUUAGUGGAUGGUCUAACGAACGCAACGUCAUCCGAUUUAGAAACCCUUGGCAAUCUUAACGCUCAAUUGGAGUCUAUCAUUGAGGCCUUUGGCGAAACUAAUACUUCAGGAACGUCUGCAGGUUCGUCCGGUCAAAGUACUAGUGUGGAGUCUGAUAGCAUUUCUGCAUCCACGUCUGGUAGCAUUUCCGCUACCACGUCUGGCUCACAAUCAGUUGAAAGCUCAACUUCUCAGUCCUUGCAACCAACUGGAAGUGAAAGCUCUAUCUCUCUGUCGGGCCAGACUUCUGGUCAAUCAAGUGUCGUCUCUGCAACCAAAUCCGGCUCAGAAUCAACGGAAAGUGAAAGCUUAACUUCUCAAUCUAGCCAAUCAAGUAAUGCCUCUUCUUCCUCUACAGCAACAAAUACCCCAUACAUUGAAGCCGUCGACGAUAACGGAACUCCUAGUUUCCAUAUCUUCCUUCCAUCAUCCCUUGGUCCUUGGGCUUCCGUCUCCAUCGUUCAGAGUAUUCCCAACACCAACUUUGAGUGGUCUGGAAAAGGUUCUUUCGAUAUUGAUGGUACUCCAGCUUCCGCUUCCGAGUACACUGACGACAGUUCUACUUCGGAGUUGGAUGCUACCUUCUUAGUGUAUCCAUCCGACUAUAAGUUGCUAAAAUACACCUCCCCAAAUGCCGUCACCUCUACGAAUGGUGGCACUUACACCUUGCGGGUUGAUGUCUCCAUUGAUACCAACAUCAUCAGCCUAGUCAAGAGAUCUGAGACCUUUGUCUUGUACGUUAGUAUUACUAUUCCUUCGUCUGGAGCUACUGGAAGCAGUUCAACCGUUGGAGAGUUGUCAACAUCAACUUCUACCGUGGAGGAAGGCUCUUCAGAGGAGUCCUCACUUACUUCAAACGGAUUAUCGGGAGCUAUCUCAACCACUGUUGUUACAAUCACCUCAUGCUCAGAUCACUUGUGUACUAAGGUUCCUGUUACUACUGGUCUUACUGAGUACACAAAAACGAUCAGCGGAAAGGCUACCAUAUAUACCACAUACUGUCCGUUGACGGCGGAGGGAAACCCAUCGGUGACUACGGUUACCACGACUGGUGAAAAUGGAAACACCAUUAUCUAUACCACUACUCUAUCUGCCGAGACAGCUGCAGCCGAGUCUUCAGAGAUAACCACCAACGCUGUGCCUACUGCCUCGUCUUCUGUGUCUGCAGGCACAUCGACUGGAGCAAAUGCUCUCUCGACAUUCGCAGCUGGUGCUAACCAGUUGAUGGCUCCUGGAAGCUUCUUGGCUGGAUUUGUCCUCCUUCUCUGCCUAUAA